AGGUCCUGCUUUCAGCUGGAGUCUGAUAGCCCACAGUUGAAGAACAAUUUGCAAACGUCCUGUCAGCUGUUGCUAACUGUAGAUCAUUGAAAUUAUUUUUAGAAGAGAUUAUACUGGGAAUCAUGAACAUCAAUGACUUUGUAAUACUCCCAGGCUCAAAAACUGGAACCUCUGUGAGAUUAAAAGCAAAAACUGUCAGAGAAUUGCAGUUGGAGAAAGUGCGGUUAGAAACAGAAAAGAAAGAGAUGGAGAAGAAGUUGCAGCAACUACAGUCAAACAUGAGCAGAGAAAAAGAAGAGAGAAGGACAUCAAGUGCUUAUCGUUGGAAAUCUGGACGGGCAGGACCAAUGACCAUCCAAGCCCGAGUUUUGUCACAAAGCAAGAAAAACAAUGAAAAGAUUUCUUCAGGAAAAGUGAAGUUGCAAAUACUCAAAGACCAGAUUCAAGAGCCAGUGAAAGAACCAUUUAAGCAUGAAAUGGCAAAUACUGUAGCUCAUAAAGAAUCUGAAGUGAAGGGGUCAGCGUGUGGACGAGGUGAAGUUAAGAGUGAGCUGCUGACAGAAGCUGAUAUACGUGUUGGAAAAUUGGAAGCCGUUGAUCACAUCAGGGAGGAACUGUCCACAGAAUCAACGUGUACAGGCCUUGAAAAUCAGGACAAAGGAUUAUUGCUAAAUGGUACAUUUAAUGAGGAGGAAUCUGCAAAGUCUUUUCAGGAAGCUUUACUUCAAUGGAGAAAAGGUAGUCGUGAUCACAAAGAACAACUGCGUGCCAGUGAAGUCCUGCCAGAAUCGGUGGGAAUUUGUGAGGUACAGACCAAUUUUACUGUGAUGAAGGAACCUGUCCACAUUGAAUUCAAGAAGGACGGCAUGAGCUACAUGGAGAAACUCUUGCUUAAGAAAUACAGAAGAACUCCUGUUGAUCAAAUUUCUGGUAGUUGCGUUAAAGAUUCAAGGCCUGUACAGACACUGAGUGAACAUCAGGCUGUGACUGCAGAAGAGGAAGAAGGAGAUGAUGAUGUCGAUGACUUAACAGUUGAAGAGGUGAAGAGAUAUUGGACAUCUGUUUUUAGAGAACAAGUACCCAACACUGUUUCUGAAAGUGCAGAGUCAUCUUUGAAAAUUGAGUUCCUUGAUGAUUCUUAUGGCAAGGACUUGGAAGAAUCAUCUGACUUUUUGUUGAUGGAAGCUAGGGCUACGGGAAGGAAUAAGCAAGGAAAAGCUGAACCUCUGAAGCAGUAUGAAAGAAAUCCUGUUUAUUCUAAAGAAGUUUCUCAAGAAAAAAUGGUUGACUGCAGUCGUCUUGAAAGAAAUGCAGUGCAAAAGGAGAGUAUUGAACUAAAGGCUAUGAGAAGGUCACUUAGCUCCUGUGAACUACCUGAGAAGUUCUCUAGCCCUACUGAACUAAUAAGCAACAAAUAUCUCAUUGAUACACAAUUGCAGAAAAGCAAUAAAGAUUCACAAGAGCCGGAUGGUGUCUGCAAUAGUCCAAGUUUGGUUUUGCCUGUAAUUACGAAGUCUUCAUUGGAUGUAGCCAAAAGACAGAAAUUUCUUUCUACGCAGUAUUGGGGACUUGAAGGUUUCUUUGUAGGUGCAAACUGUAAAGGAGUAACGCUUGAAGCACAUUCUCCACUCUGUGCUGACUCUGGCCCUAUGGGGAGUAGCAUUCUGUUUCCAGGAGAUGGAAACUGGGUUACUGAAAGGAGCUUGAGUGAAUACGCUGAUGACUCUGUAGUUCAAGGUGUCCUGGAGAGCCAAUUGAACAGACUUCCAGGUGGUUUGGAGACUCCAAAUAAAACUUCUCCUCUGGUAGCAGGGAGGUCGUGCUUAGGGAAUGAUUCUAGAAGACCUUGGUCAACAAAUGUGCUACAUGGUAAAUUAUCUGGAAAUUGUCCAACAAACACUCAGCCAAGACCCAAGAGUUCACCUGUGUGUUCGUUGAGAGUUAAUACUGAGAUACCAGAAAACAAGUGCGUUGAUAUAACUAAACAGGACGAGGAUCUUUGGGAGUAUAUUGCUGACCAAGAAGCCCUACUUACUCUGGAAAAAGAAUUACUAAGUUAUGCAGGUCCUGAAAAACAUUACAGCUUAACUUCUGAAGAUGUAACCUCCCCCAGCAGACACUCAGAGAAGAUGUAUAGAAAUCCUACAGAUUUCCAUCAAAACCUGGAGCUAAAAGAUGAAAGCAGAGUUGAUACUCUCAGGGACUGGGAUGAAAGCCAGGUGGAUCAUGAGGAAGAAAUUCUGGAGGAUAAGCAACAAGUUCUUGCAUUACAGUGAACAUGCAGAGAACUUAAUGCAAUUUCUGUCUUUACGUGUCAUACAAAACCAAGAAGCAGAUGAAGAGGGGUCUUAAGUGCUGCUCAAGAUAUUAU